CCAUAGCCAAAUCCUAAUCUCAAAGUUCUUCGAGUUUUAUUAGUUCCAAUUACUGUAGUCUGUAGUCAUUGCCAAAACCACCAUGGUUAGUUUCUUUAGUCUUUUGUUAUGUUCUAUAAUGGCUUUGGUCGGAAGUUCAUUCCUCCUUUCCGUCGCCGACGGGAAGCUGGUCAGGACGAUGGACAAUGAUUGGUCGUCGUGGCAGGAUGCCCAUGCAACGUUCUACGGCGACAAAAGCGGCAAGGAUACAAUGCAAGGAGCAUGCGGCUAUGGCGAUCUCUUCAAGCAAGGCUACGGCCUCCAAACGGCGGCGCUAAGCACGGCGCUCUUCUACAACGGCCUCACCUGCGGCGCGUGCUUCGAGCUCAAGUGCGUCGACGACCCGAACUGGAAGUUCUGCUACCCGGGAGUCGCCCCGAUCCAAAUCACGGCGACCAACUUCUGCCCGCCGAACCCCGCCGGCGGCGCGUGCAACCCGCCGAUGAAGCACUUCGACCUCUCGAUGCCCAUGUUCCUGAAGAUGGCCCCGUACAAGGCCGGGAUCGUGCACGUGCAGUACCGCAGGGUCACGUGCGUGAAGCAGGGCGGGGUGAAGUUCGAGAUCAAGGGCAACCCCAACUGGAUCCUGGUGCUGCCGUACAACGUCGGCGGCGCCGGCGACGUGAAGAACGUGAGGGUGCAAGGGUCCGGGGAUUGGAUCCAGAUGCAGAGGAAUUGGGGACAGAACUGGCAGACGAAUGUGGAGUUGGUGGGUCAGUCGUUGAGUUUUCAGGUGGUGACGAGCGACGGUGCCUACAGGGUGUUUCGUAAUGUUGUGCCGGCGAAUUGGCAGUUUGGGCAGACAUUUGAUAGCAACAUCAACUUCUGAUGAGGCGGGCAGGCUGGUGGAAUUGGGGGCAAACAUCCAAUUUUAGCUUUUUUGUUUGUUCUUUCUACUAGUGAUAGAUAGUGGAUGUACGUAGUUUGUGGAGUUGUGGAUUGAUAUUGGAAAACAGAAAAGAAGUUGAUGGUAGUGAUAGUAACUAAUAAGAAUACCCAAGUUGGUUGGUUGGAAAUUGCGAUUGUUUUGUUGAGAUUGCCAUUAUGCAUGUAUUGUUUAUAAUGCAUCGUUUUUUGUUUUUUGUUUUUUUAGCAUAAACAAUACAUGAAUUGUUUCUGUGAUGUGACAGAAACUAUCACUCAUUUUGAGUGAUUGUUAUAUCUCAACUUUUAGUUGUGAUUGUUGAGGUAGUUGGGUUGAAAUUGUUUUGUCUCAGCUUUUAGAUGAUGCGACAUACACAAUCACACAUACCAAACGUUGUAUUCUACAAUGCAUCAAAUUCGACAAUACAUAUAUAAUAUUAUACAUGCAUUCUCAACAAUACAUCUAUUUAACAAUCGCAACUUCCAAACGACUUAACUCUUUUUUUUUUUUCCAUGGGGAUUUGUCAUUUUUAGAUAUUGAUAGAGAUUAUGAGAAUGUGGUGACAUAUCUUGCAUAUCCUUAGUAGUUAACCGUUUACUAAUGUUGGGAAAACUUGAUAUGAAGCACACAAGGAAUGAAACAACAAAUUUGUCUUUGAGUUUGGAUAUAGUAUGAGUUUUCCUUUUCCACUUCCAUCUAACUUGCAAUAUGCCAUAAGAUUGUCAAUUCUAUGAGUGAUGGACGGUAAUACGAAGGAAUGGGAGAAAAUGCAGAAAGCGUCGCAAGCAAAACUUCUUGAUAACAAUAGCUUCAAAAUCUUUAUUCAUCCAAAACGAUAAAUGAAGAGGAGAAAGCGUCGAAAUAAUUACAACAAAAAGUCCUAAAAAUUGUCGAGCUGCUAAUAGUUUCAAUUAGAAGAAUUCGCCAUGGUUGGGCAGUUUCACCAUCACUAGAACAUCCAUCUCUUCAUAUUGAGUUAAUACAAGCAGGAGAAUUCGAGUGAAUGGUAAAAAUGCGGCGUUUAUUUAUUUAUUUUAUAUUAUCAUAAGGCCUCGUUUUAACAUUACGAAACCUUAUAUUGAAGGGAAGUAUGAUAAAAAGAGCUUACAUUGAACGUAGGGUACAAAAGACAGCUCAUGUUUAGAUUAUAGAGUAGGAUGAGAUGUUGAGUCCCACCGAGAUAUCAUUUCAUCUAUUGACCCUUUCUUCUUGAAAGCUCACUCUGUCACAAUAAGAGUGCAUCACUCAAAAGUGUGACGAACAUAAGAGGUGUAACCAGAAAAUCCUCAAAAUUAUCAAUUAGUAUGAUGAGAGGAAGCUCUUGUUUUAGAGAUAUGUUUACAUUCACAAAAACAUCUUCAUUUGGUACAAUUAUUGAGCUGAAGCACCACGAAAAAAGUAGAUUGAAGUGAAUGAAACAGGUAUAUGAAUUUAGAUAUGCACCAUCAUGUGUCCGUGCCCAUAAGUAACUAAUGAAAUCACAACGAUAAC